GUGACAGCACUUGAGUCUUACUCAUAUGCACUGCCCCUUGUCGAGGGCCGUUCUCUAUAUCAUUAUUGAAUCAUUCUCAAUCGCAUUCUAAUUGCAAUCGACCCUCGACCGGCGGUAGGCUUCCAUGGGACACGUGCGUGGCUCCCUGCGUAUGCAAACGGCUGCCUGAUUCUGUUUCCUCCCUUUCACUACCAGCCACGAGGCUAUGCCUGUCAGACUAUAGCGGAGGCUCCCAGAUUCUUGACCUCCCUGUGCACCCAUCUCGAAGUAUCGUAUACCAUACUUUGCCCACCUUCACAAACUAGGCGGUCGUUCUCACUGCUACAGCCUACUCGACAUCCUCGCUGACUCGACGUGAUAUCCACAAUACACUACAAUACUGGACCUUUACCGCGAAAUAGUUGACGGCCUCCGGCCUGCCGUAUCAACAUGGACGACCUCUCAUUCUUGGACAUGUCCGACCAGGGCAACGCAACCCUCAAAGCUGUACUUGCGGUCGGAGAGGUUCGUCUGAUUUCGUGUCGCAUCUGCCCAUACAUGUUCCUGGACAGAUGCCCAUUGCUGUACCACGCAUUCGAGUACGGCCUGAAUGGUUGUCUUCAGGCCAGUAUCGAGGUUCCAUCCGCAAAUGGGCUUAUCUCGCUACUCCGCUACUGUUACACGGGUAGCUACCUCCCACCCACUGCGGAUGACGGACCUCCCUUGUUGCUUCCACAUGUCGAGGUUUACAAGAUGGCCGAAGACUUUGAUGUUCCCGAACUGCAGCUCCUCGCCCAUGGCAACUUCUCCUGCCAAAUUGAAUUCGCAUGCUGCGUACCCUUCCCGCCACAAGAUCUGCUCGAGACCAUUCGCUUCGUAUACCGGCAUUACUCUAGAAACCUAGCGCGCCGACAGCACGACCUUGUUGGUACACUCCUCAACUACAUCAUCUCAAGGUUCAUGUAUUACAAUCUAGGGGAGGAUGCGGACUUUAUCGAGCUCGCUGCCGAUAUUCCAGAGUUUUGUCAAGACCUUUGUUCUACAAAUAUGGAGCGCAAUUUUGAAGACGAUUGUGCCUUCCACAUCAUACGGUUGUGUCUCGACACGCUAUGCGCCCAAUCCUGCAUCCGACCCAUUCCUACUGCCUCAAAAGACUUGUUAUCAGAGACGAUUUGUGAGGAAGAUACCAUCAUCUCGGGCGAGUCAGAAAGUGAGGACAUGUCCCUUGUUGUUCCCGCUCUUGCAUGCGGAACAAACGAGAGAGAGGAUACGAGGAACAUGAUGAACUCCUUUACCACUACUCUUGUCCAUCGACCCAAGAUUCCACAACCAGACGCAAUGGAAGCUGUCGAGACUCUAUCUUCCGAUGAGGACGAGGAUUACACGGUGGUAUCGUUGUCUGGUUUACAUACUCCUACUACAUCCGACGAGCUAAUGUCCAGCCCGGAGUUGAUUCCUACACCUAUUGUCGAUAUUCUGGCCGCCACCGGCACUGAAUAUACAUCUGAUGAUGAGUGGACCAUAGUCCGAUAGGAUGUAGCCGUCGCUUGCGCCAGCAUAUUAAGGGUCACUAUUCACAACCAAAAAUAUUUGCGAUUUCCGCUUGGAUUGAUACACGCGUUAUGGGAGUUACGAAGAAUAACAAAAGGAAAAAACAGGCGUACUUAUGGCACGAUGUCAUUCGAUUUAGCUUCUAGCAUAUGCAAUACUAGGGCUUGGGUCUGGGCGUGUCACUCCUGUCACUGAGCAGUGGGGCCUGGAUUACAUAAUUUAAACACCUGGGUGAUGUAACGUGAUCUAUUGAAGACAUGGCGAGAUAGUUGUUGUGUAGAUCAGCUCUAGCUUUAACAAUACACAAUGUUGUC